UUUCCGCUCUGCAUUGACCAUGGCGAAAUUUUUGGAAACCUGUCUUUCGACGGUAUUUGUGUUGCAAGGCCUUCGUGCUCACUACAUGUUCCUUCGUUGGAUUCAGCACCCAACCACCACCACUAGGAUCCGGAUGAGCAACGUUCAGGGCCGGGCUGUGCCAUUUCUGGUUUACCAGGGGACACAUACUCGGUCGAUUCUUGCGCUUCGGGGACAGGUGCGCGGUGCGAGUGGUGGAUGGGUCGCUACUGUCAUGGCUAGCGGGGCUACUGGAUCAGCAGUUUGGCUAGCCGUGGCAAGACCUAUCUCUGUGGGCUCAUCGCGGUCGCCACGUGUACUCCCGGGUAUUUCGAACACCGCGAUGGGUGGGUUGCUUCGUUCGCCAGACACAGUGCCCAACUGCUACCACCAGGCUCCUGGAUGCGCCUACUUCAUGGCUGAGUUUAGUGAUCCUCGGUUCUCCAGGGAUUGCUGACUCGGUCGAUUCUUAUGCUUCGCAGACAGUUGCACGGUUCGAGUGGUACACGGGUCGCUACUGUCACCGUUACCGAGGCCGCUGGAUCAGCAGUCUUGGUAGCGGUGGCGAGACCUGAUAUUGUGGGCUCACCGCGGUCGCCACGUGUAUCUUCGGAUAUUUUCGAACACCGCGGUGAGUGGGCCUGUGUCGUAGGUGACUGCGUAGCACCAGUGACGACACCCGUCUCUCGCUAUGCGAGAGCGAGCGAAAGAGGUGCUGCACGUUCAUCUACUCCC